AUGGGAUUCCAACGUUUUACUACGUGCUUUUUGUUAGCACUUUGCAUACUAAGCCAAGGUUUGGCAAAGGGUGCUCUUGGUUUUGCUUGCAACUGGGGAACGCGUUUAACGCAUCCCCUUCCACCCCAAAUAGUUGUGAAACUCAUGAAGGACAAUGGAUUCAACAAAGUGAAGCUUUUCGAAGCUGAUCCUGCAGCACUGAAGGCUCUUGGGAAUUCUGGCAUUCAGGUCAUGGUUGGAAUACCCAAUGACCUCUUAGAAUCCCUUGCUAGAAAUGUCAAUGCUGCAAUCGCAUGGGUGAACCAAAAUGUAUCCACUUACAUAUCCAAAUCAGGGGUUGAUAUAAGGUAUGUUGCUGUGGGUAAUGAAGCUUUUCUCAAAACAUACAACGGUCGAUUUGUGAACUCCACGUUUCCAGCCAUUCAAAACAUUCAAGCAGCCCUUAUAAAAGCUGGUUUAGGCAGGCAAGUGAAGGUGACUACCCCUCUAAACGCAGAUGUGUAUCAAAGUGAUACUGAUCUUCCAUCAGGUGGAAAUUUCAGGCCUGACAUUCAAGACCAAAUGGUCUCCAUAAUCAAGUUUCUCAGCCAAAAUGGUGGUCCUCUUACCUUUAACAUCUACCCAUUCCUCAGCCUUGAUGCUGAUCCCAACUUCCCAAAAGAGUUUGCCUUCUUUGAUGGCUCUGCUGCCCCUGUUGUUGAUGGUUCCAUAUCUUACACCAAUGUCUUAGAUGCCAACUUUGACACCCUCAUUUCAGCUCUUGAAAAGAAUGGUUUUGGUUCAAUGCCUGUCAUAAUUGGAGAGGUUGGAUGGCCAACAGAUGGAACGGCCAAUGCCAACAUAAAGAAUGCUCAGAGGUUCUAUCAAGGCCUUAUUAACCGCAUAGUGAAAAGGCAAGGAACUCCCAAGAGACCUAACCCACCAGAAAUCUACAUGUUUGCACUCACAGAUGAGGAUGCCAAGAGCAUUGAACCAGGCCCUUUUGAGAGGCACUGGGGUAUCUUCAACUUCGAUGGAUCCAUUAAAUACCCUUUGAAGCUUGGUGGUGGAAAAUCUUUAGUUCCUGCAAAAGGGGUCAAGUAUUUGCCAAAGCAAUGGUGUGUGAUGUCAGCUCAAGCAAAUGUUUUAGACCCUGGUUUGGCUGACAGUAUGAGCAAAGCUUGCACAUACGCUGAUUGCACUAGUCUUUCUCCUGGGUCAUCUUGCAGCGGUUUAGACAAAAAGGCAAAUGCUUCAUAUGCAUUUAAUAUGUAUUAUCAGACCAUGGAUCAGCGCAAAGAUGCAUGCCAAUUCAAUGGUCUAUCAGUCAUCACUAACAUUGAUCCUUCACCUCCUCAAAGCACUUGCCAAUUUAAGAUCAUGAUCGAUCUGGGGAAGCAUGAAACUAAGUCCACUGCAACAAAAAGGGAAAUACACUCAAUGGUCAUGCUGGUAUCAAGUUUCAUGCUCACUAUCAUGUUAUCUCUAUUAUAUAUUUAA